ACUUCUGUUCUUGUUACCCCGCCUACACUGACAUCAUGCCUGCUGCUCUCCUGAUCGGUGAAAUCACUCACGCCCGGAAAGAAUGGGAAGAGAUAUCUUCUAUUCUGACUCUCAAGGAAUUUCCUUCGGGGACGCGCGAGGAUUUCAUCCAGAAUUGUAAAGAUGGACAGUACGAUGAUGUCGAGGUCAUCUACCGAUCCAAUACUUCUACAAAGUAUACCGGUCCCUUUGACGCAGAAAUGGUCUCCGUCCUGCCCAAAACCUUGAAGUAUAUCUGCCACAACGGAGCCGGUUACGAUAACAUCGACAUCCCAGCCUGCUCUGAGAAGGGAAUCGCUGUCUCUUCUACUCCUGUCGCUGUGAACAAUGCCACCGCAGAUGUUGGCAUCUUCCUCAUGAUUGGAGCUUUGCGACAAGCUUAUGUCCCUCUGGCUGCAAUCCGAGAUGGCAAGUGGCAUGGACAGACCACUCUCGGUCGCGAUCCCCAGGGCAAAGUGCUCGGAAUUCUGGGUAUGGGAGGAAUCGGACGAGAAAUGGCUAUUCGGGCGAAGGCCUUUGGAAUGAAGAUUCAAUACCACAACCGAUCCCGACUCAGCCCUGAAUUGGAGGGCGGUGCUACAUACGUCUCGUUUGACGAUUUGCUGGCUACCUCCGACGUGUUCAGCUUGAACCUGGCCCUGAACCCAUCCACUCGCCAUAUCAUCGGCGAGAAGGAGUUCCAGAAGAUGAAGGAUGGAGUGGUGAUUGUCAACACUGCCCGUGGUGCGCUGAUUGAUGAGAAGGCACUGGUGGCCGCUCUCGAGUCUGGAAAGGUCAUGUCCGCUGGUUUGGAUGUCUACGAAAAUGAGCCUGUCGUAGAAGCUGGUCUGCUUAAUAACCCGAAGGUGAUGCUGUUGCCACACAUUGGAACCAUGACCUUGGAGACCCAGAAGGAGAUGGAGCUGUUGGUGUUGAAGAAUCUGUGGUCGGCGGUGCAGAAGGGAGAGUUGAUCACACAAGUUCCCGAGCAGAAGAAGUAA